GUAGAAGAAUUAGAUACAAAAGAUGUCGCUGAAAGGGUGACUAAUGAAUUAAGACGACUGAACAUCUCUCAACUCAUCUUCGCGCAGAAAGUUCUAGGUCGAAGUCAGGGCACUCUGAGUGACCUCCUAAGAAACCCCAGGCCGUGGGCAAAGAUGAAAUCGGGUAGGGAGACUUUUGGAAGGAUGUUGAAAUGGCUUCAGGAGUCAGACGCUGAGAGGCUAAGUAUUUUA